ACACCACAAGGGAAGCCCAUCUUCAUCCUCAAUCCUUUCCGUGACAAAGAACAUCACAAUUACUGUCGUUCAAAAUGAAUGGACCAGCAUUCAAUCCCCCAGGAGGGGGCCAGCAAAUGGUUGACCCAUCGACCGCUGCUGCUGUUAAAAAUGUACGUUUGCUCUUCAGUCACAUUCAGCGUUUCUUUGGCAGACAGAGCCUUGCUGGUGGACCUCACCUUGAUAGACUGAACGAGUACUAAUCAUGAUUAUAGAUGCAAAUGAUAAUGGAGUCCUGCCCGGGUAAGACUGUCGUCUCUGGUGUAAUGGGAUUCGCCCUCGGUGGCGCCUUUGGUCUCUUCAUGGCAUCCGUAUGUUCCUCGCUGCGUCCCCUCCUCCGGCAUCUUCAAUGACUAAACUUCACCCACAGAUGCAAUACGACACCCCAAUCCAUACAUCCGCCGCUGCUGCAGAGAUUACCUCUCUUCCACUGCGCGAACAACUCAAGCGCGGUCUCAAAGAUAUGGGAUCCCGCUCCUAUUCCUCGGCCAGGAAUUUCGGCAAAGUAGGCGCCAUUUUCGCAGGCACGGAAUGUUGUGUUGAAGGGUUUAGAGCAAAAAACGAUUUGAAAAAUGGGGUUAUCGCGGGAUGUAUAACCGGGGGAGUGUUGGCGGCGCCGGCGGGACCACAAGCUGCGGCUGUCGGGUGUGCGGGGUUUGCAGCUUUUAGUUUGGCGAUUGAUAGCUAUAUGAGGAGGCCGAGUGAUGGGGAUUAAAAGGGUGCUUCGAUGGAUGGGGGCUAGGCAUUCCGACUUUUCACAAGAGGAAUGGCGGGUUUAGAUGUAUAAUAUGCUGUGAACAGCUUACGCAUUGGAUUGGAGUUAUGGGCAAGCUUGGACAGGCUUUGCGUGGGUAUGUGAAUGUGUUUGUACAGUUAUGGUCUUGGGAUCAAUCAUUUAUCUCACUCCUCAAGGGCUCUGGUUUCGGCUUUGGCUUUGGCACUAUGUGAUGGUUUGAGUAUCUUAUCAUUAUUUUCUGGGGCAGGACGUACGUUCACGGAAAUUUGGCUUACAUAUAAUAUAGACUUAGACGGGAGAGUGAAGGGGGAAAAUUUGGCACGAGAACAUAAUUGGGAUUGGGGUUAGAUAUCUUUAUGUAUUCUAUUCUUACGCACCAGGAUUCUCUGCUUCUUCUGCGACAAGCAAUCGAGCUUUCUACAUAAUUAUGACUCAAACAUUUA